GGAAACUUGUCCUAAAUCCUGCCAGAGGAUCAACACCUCCAUAUUCCCAACCAAUGGCUCAUUUUCUUGGGAGGUUUCUUUUAACCACAAUUCAAACUUCUUGGCAGAGCCUUCGAGUCCAGGGAUCUCCCGAUGACGAUCGCUUCCAGUCUCAAAAAAGAAAAAAAAAGACAUCCGACCGAGACUCAGACGACCUACGUACUGUACGCUGGAAAACCACAAUGGAGGGUAAAAUGUUUCUCGUUCGGGCUCUCUCAGCAUGACUCCAUGACGAAACGGUCGUCUACUUCACCGUUGAAGGACUUCCUCGGCAGACCCCAAACUCACGAAAAAUGCUAUUUUUGCGUCAGAGGUCUUUCUGUCAAUUCGGGUGAGCAGUGCGGAUGAAUCAAAUCGAUUGGCAGGGAGGGACAGCCACCACCAACGUCCGAACGUCUGAACAUCUGACUCGAUCACUAGUACUCGUAUAUAAGGAACUCUUGAUUUCAAACACAUCGUCAGUGUCACGAAGAUGCUCUACGUGUAAAAGAAAGCCUCGCACUCAGUCCGUCCUUCUCGUAUCUAGUCAAAACCGAACCGUCCUAGUCAAAAUGCUCAGGCUUCUGUUUUUGGUUACUUUGGCCUUUUUGGUUGGAGUAACCUUUGCUCAAUAUGACCAACAAUACUAUACCGGUGAUGAUUUCCAGACCCAAUACUACGAAGAACCUGGAGUCUACGACCAUUAUGUCGAAAACUAUAACCAGGUUCAAAAAUCGCCAAUACAAAAAAUAGCGGACAAGUUCCGCAAUUUCAUGGAUUACCACGGCAGCGGACUUCGACGUCAAGGAAUCGCCACCAUUAUUGUCCCUUUCAUAUUUCCCCUUCUGAUUGGAGCGGCAGUGGCGGGUGGGGUCAUCUUUGUGUCUCAAGAUGCGGCCCAACAACGGAAUGCCCUCAAUGACCGGUUGAAUUCUGUCUCAUCUGAGAACAGUGUGUUCACCGGAGCCAUUCAAAUGCUCACCAAUCGACUCGCUCAAAGCGAGGCCAGGAUCAACGCCUUGCAAGCUGAAUUGAAUGCUAUUGAAAUGGAGAACAUGGCUGGUGAAGAGACCACACCUGGACCCGAUGAGGAAACCACCACCAGUGCAGGAUCCGAAGAGGACACCACCACUGCGGGACCCGAUGACGACACCACCACUGCAGGACCCGAUGACGACACCACCACUGCAGGACCCGAUGACGACACUACCACUACAGACGCCAGUGCCGAAACCACGACAGACAUGCCCACUACAAGCGGAGAGUUUGAAGGAAAGAUGGGUCGGAGUGCACGCAUGGAUAAGCUCUUCUGGUAUCAAUAGAUAGAAGACUGCCUAGUUUACCGCUCUCAGCUUGAUGAGAAUUUGCCUCGCUGCAUCCUUGUGGGAUCAAUUAGUACUGAAACCAAUGUUUCUCUUAAUAAACUGUCCCGGUAUCCUCAAUUUCUCUUUGGUGUUUAUACUUCCUCUCGGAGAUGUUUUUAAAGGUUUAGAUGUUUCCGGUUUUUUUCCUUACCACCAUGGGCCGUUUGGGCUUGCUUACGGCUGCUAGGGCUACUUUCGACCGAAACACUUUUGUUGACUCCAUUAACCCUGGUCUGAAUCGCGAAUUCAGCUUAUAAGCUGGAUCCUUGGAUACAGACGUCUCCUCUCCUAUCGUCUCAUCCGUCUCAUCACGAUGGUCAAAAAGCCUCAAGCAGUUUUAAGAAACAAAUCCAUUACGCAAAACCAUUAUUUCCAGUUUUCUACCUCGCCAAAUCAUAAGGAGUCAGUUGAUCGGAUUGAUUUAUUGAAUUUCUUUCUCAGAUUAAGGGAUUAUAUGCCAAAUUGUUACAGUUAGUAGACGAGACUGAUCAUCCAAGAAUACAGCUAAAGUUUUGAAUCAAAACAUAGGUCCCUUGGGGCACAUUGCAUUCGAAACCAAAAAAACUGCUUGUCUGAAAAAGAAUGUCUGUUUCCAGUACUUCAAACUGU